ACCAUCCUAAUUCCCAAAAUCUUUCUAUCUUUUUCUCUCUCUCCUCCCCAAUCUCUCUUCUGCCUCUGCAAAUCUCCUCUUCAAAGCGGCAGCAGCCUAUGAAACUGACCAAAAUUGCUACUCAUCCUCAUCGUCAUCCCCAGAUUUCACGCUCUUUCUCUCUCUUCUGCACAUGAUUACUUGAGUAUUUAUCAAUCUGGUGACGAUAGGUUGCUGUUCUUCCCCUCUUUUAUGGCCGAAUCAAUCCAUCUCAAUAUUUCAAUUGGAGAUUGAACAACUCAUCGGUGAUUGUCAGCGAAGAAGAAGAAGAGAUUAAGCAAACAGCCCCACUCUUAAUUUCCUGUUAAUUCGGUGGAAAACCCAGAGGGUAGUUCUGAAACCCUAGAAAUUUUCAAUGGAUGAAGAUAGGAUAAUAUCGGUAGCUGAAGCAGUGCAUAAACUGCAGCUUGCACUUCUUGAUGGUAUUGAAGAUGAUAGUCAGCUUUUUGCUGCUGGGACUCUUAUGUGUAGGGGUGACUAUGUAGAUGUAGUGACAGAGAGAACGAUUGCUAACCUAUGUGGUUAUCCUUUGUGCCCGAAUUCUCUGCCUGCAGAACUCCCUAAAAAGGGGCAGUACCGUAUUUCGAUGAAGGAGCACAAGGUGUAUGAUCUUCAUGAGACCAAUUUGUAUUGUUGUUCUAGUUGUUUGAUCAAUAGUAAGGCGUUUGCUGGUAGUUUACCGGAGGAGAGAUGUUCGGCAUUGAACCCUGCCAAGGUUAAUGAGAUAUUGAGGUUGUUUAAUAAUGUGGGUUUGGAAGAUGAGGAAGAGGGAAAGGGGAAGAAUGUGGAAUCGGUGUUGUCAAAAUUGACGAUUAAGGAGAAUGCUGAGACGAAAGGAGGGGAAGUUUCUAUUGAGGAGUGGAUUGGUGCAUCGAAUUCCAUCGAAGGAUAUGUCCCCCAAAGAGAUCGUCACUUGCAUCCAUCAGUAUCGGAAGCUUCUAAAAAAGGAUCUGAACCAGGUAAUGCCAAGUUGAAUAAGCACAAUGAUGCAGUUCAAAAUGGGUCUGACUUUGAGGUUACUGUUACUAAAUCCGUUGAAGGUAUAGUGGGUUCUAGAGAGGUUCUGAAAAAUGAUGAGAAUAUCCCGCUUAAUCAUUCAGAAAUCAUGGAACCUUUGCUCAGCGAUGUGAACUUCACAAGUAUGAUUAUAACCAAUGAUGAAUAUUCUGCUCCUAAGAAGUUAGAAGGUGGUUCCAAGUCUGGGCUUUCUGGAGCCAAACAAGGCUCUAAAGCAAAGAACUCUGUCACAACAAAGGGCAAAGAUUCUUUCUUUGGGAGUGUAGACUUUACGAGCGUCAUAAUUACACAAGAGGAUUACAGUGUCUCCAAAUUACCUUCCAGUCAAGUCAUAUCCGAUCCAGAUCAAAUGUCUCAAGAAUUCUCUGAAAAACUGGAUCUUGGUGACAACGCUCUUCAGAGAUCUACAGAUUUAGUUUCCAUAGGGGCUGAAAAUAAUGUAGAUCAGAAUGCAAGCUUAGCCGAAGUUUAUUUUCACCAUGAUCAGAAUGGUGCCACUUCAAGUAGCAGGCAUGUGAAAGACGAGGCUCAUUCUGAGAAGGUUAUUCACUCUAGUCUAUCGAAAGGCAAAUCUUCUCUAAGAAACUCUGGGGUAAAGAAACUUGCACGUUCUGUAACGUGGGCUGACAGUGAUCUUGCUGGUGGAAAUCUCUGUGAGUUCAGAGAAUUUGAAAACACAAAAGAAGGUCCCAGUACUUCAAGAAGCAACGAGGCAGGGGAAAAUGAUGGUUCCGAACGGUUUGCCUCUGCUGAAGCUUGUGCGAUGGCAUUAAUCCAGGCAGCUGAAGCUGUUGCAUCCGGACAAUCGGAUGCUAAUGAUGCUGUUUCUGAGGCUGGAAUCUUAGUACUGCCACAGCCGGAAACAGCAGAUAAAGGGGAACAAUCCGUUAAAGAUGAUGCAUUGGAGGAGGACUUAGCUCCUGAAAAGUGGCCUAAGAAGCCAGGAAACUUAAAUUAUGAUUUCUUUGACUCUGAUCAAUCAUGGUUUGAUAAUUCUCCAGAAGGAUUCAACUUGACGUUGUCACCUUUUGCCUUGAUGUGGAAUGCUCUUUUUUCUUGGCUGACAUCCUCCUCGCUGGCUUAUAUAUAUGGAAGAGAUGAGAGUGUCCAUGAAGAGUAUAUGUUCACCAAUGGAAGAGAAUAUCCCAAUAAAAUAGUGCUUCCUGAUGGCCGUUCUCGAGAAAUCAAGCAAACAUUAGCUGGCUCUCUUGCACGAGCAUUGCCUGAACUGAUUGCUGAUCUCAAACUGCCAACACCAGUAUCCACUUUGGAGCGUGAAGUGUCCUGCUUGCUGGACACGAUGACUUUUAUGGAUGCACUUCCUCCACUUAGAAUGAAGCAAUGGCAAGUAAUUUCUCUUCUGUUCAUUGAUGCUCUUUCUGUCUGUAGGGUUCCUGGACUAUCUGCAUACUUGACAAGCAGGAGGAUUUUGAUUCCCAAGGUCUUAAAUGGUGCCCAGGUAAGUGCCGAAGAGUACGAGAUCAUGAAAGAUUUCGUGAUUCCACUAGGCCGUGUGCCUCAGUUCACAAUGCAGAGCGGUGGUUGAUAGAUAAACUGCAUUCACAGUAGCUUCAACAUCAACAUGCAUGUUGCUGCCUCCUACUUGUCCUCUACUGCUGCCAAAUGAAUUGUUCCGGUUUUUAUCUCUUUUCAUUGCAACAAAAUCUGGAUAUCUUGAAAAUCCCUGAACUGGGGGAUUUUUUUCCCUCUAGGAUGAAAUCAUAGUGCUUUUUUUUUUUUUUUGGGUUUCCCCAAAUCAUGUUAAACCCAUCUCAGAUAUUCGCAAAACAUUCCAAUCUUACGGGUUUUUUCUCUAAAAACCGUUAUUCCCCGAGGUUGGAUCGUCUUUUGCUGGAAUCCGAGAUGGACUUAUCGUCCCUCGUAUCUUACGGGGGGAAGUUUUGGCCAAAUCUAAGACCUAUGAAGCUUCUUUUUUUUCUCCUUUUCUUGCAUACAAUGCCGAAAUUAUUUGUAACAGUAAAUGUGUACAGAACAGUUUGUAUUAAACAGGAGCCUCUUUGUUGGAAUUGUGAUAGUUGUAAUUGUAAAGAUGAACUUUGCUACUA